AUGGCAUCGAUCCUGUUACAGAACGCCACUUUGUUGGUCCCUCGUGGCCCCGGAGAUGAUCACAUCGUUCCACUCAAGAACCAUUCGCUCUUGAUUGAAGGCAACAAAAUCACUCGAAUCGCAGCUCAAAUUGAUCCACCGUCUGAUGCAACUGAAGUGAUUGAUUGUACUGCUAAGCUCAUCACGCCGGGCUUCAUCGACACGCACCACCAUCUUUGGCAAACGCAGAUGAAGGGUCGACAUGCAGACCACAGCUUACUUGAGUACAUGGCACCUGGCAACAUGGUGUCGCGCAGCUACAAACCGGAAGAUGUGUUCUGGGGACAGUUGGGUGGAUGCCUCGAAGCCCUGGAAGCAGGGACCACCACCAUUGUCGAUCAUGCACACAUCUCAUACACCCCCGAGCAUAAUACCGCUGCUUUGUCGGGAACUAUUUCAUCUGGCAUCCGAUCUAUCUACUGCUACACACCAACAGGAAGGGUCAAGACCUGGAAGCCAUUCGAGUUUGAAGACACUCUUAUCCCGGAUUGGGUCCUCGAACAGUUGACCGAACUCUGUCAACGUGGCCCUUUCAGCGAUGGACGUGUUACCAUGGGCUUUGGAUUCGACUUUUACUUUCUUCCAAAGGAAGUACUCGUCGGAAUCUUUAGCAAAGUGCGACAGUUAGGAAUCAAGACUAUCACGUCUCAUUAUGUGGCAAAUUUGCUUGAGGGCUCCCUUGUAGACAUUCUGGAGGGUUAUGGUCUCCUCGAGAAAGACAUUCUCCUAUCUCAUGCUACUCCACUAAACGACUCGGAUGCUGAAAAGCUCAAAAAGGUCGGUGCAGCUGUCUCCUCCACCCCCGAGAUUGAGCUCCAGAUGUCUCAUGGAUGGCCAAUUUGCUUCCAAGAGAACUGUACCUCUAUCAGCUCUCUGGGUAUCGACUGCCACAGCAACAACAGCGCAAGUAUCGUGACACAGAUGCGGAUUGCAAUCCAGGUUGAGCGCUCUCGUCGUAACAGUAAAAUUAUCGACACCGGCAAGUUCCCCGGACGGAAUCAAGUGCAUGUCCAGGACGCAUUCCAGUUGGCAACGAUUCGCGGCGCCAGGGCGAUCCAUAUGGAGGACCAGAUUGGCUCUCUGGAAGAAGGCAAGAUUGCUGAUCUUCUCAUCUGGGACACUCUCAGUCCUAGCAUGAUAUGCGCAGUUGAAGAAGAUCCAAUCGGCGCUAUUAUCAAUCAUUCAUCGCCUUCCGACAUUGAGGCAGUGAUUGUGGAUGGCCAAUUCAGGAAGCGUGAUGGACGUCUGGGGUCGAUUAAGCUUGACCUUGAAUUAGCGCCCGGGCUGAAGCAGGACAAGACUGAUGUAGAAUGGAGUGACGUUGCGAUGGAACUGCUCAAUAGUCGAGAGAGAAUCAUUGCGGACGAGAUAGAGAUUGGCGCUGAUGAUCGACAAUCAGCUUUUGAGAAUGGGUUGGCGCUAUUUGGAGUUAAAAGGGACAAGUUGAUAUUCUAA